UCCCGUAUAAAUGAUAUCGUAACGCAGCAAACACUCACGACAGGACGCAAACAAAAAUAACCAGCCACGACUCAUACGUGUGGCGUUUUAAGAAAAUCAAGAACCGACGCAUACGUAAGUCGUGACGCACUACAAGAACCAGCGUCUCUCCACAUGCUAUACCAGGCGGUGUAAACACAACUCCAGGAACAUGAAAAGAUCGGGUGACAGUGAGAGGGAGAAGAGAAGAAAGAAGAGAAGGUUACUACAGGAGUUGGGAGACCAAAAGAUCCCUUAUCGAGGACCUUCUGAUCAGGGAUUUCAGCAACUGUGGGACACCAGUUAUUCUGGCCUGGUUCUGAGGAGAGCCUGCUCGUUGCCUGCAGAGCUCCACUGUAGAGUUCAGGCCGCUCUACUCACCCUGCGUAAAAAGGGCUGCCUCUUGAGGGAUCUAGUCCGUGUCCGGGACCGGGACGUCUUCACUUCCGUGUCGCGGGCUCUGCUGGGUGAGCCCGGCCACACCUACCGGUACCUGGACACAAGGCUCUUUGCCAUCCCCUGGCACAGCGAAGACUCUGAGGUUAAAGAGCAAAGUUGUUGUGAGCCAGGUCUGAGGGCAGCCUGCAAAGCCUUGUGGGAGCUCAACACCUUCUUCUCUUUCGAUGUGUCUCAGCUGAGAGAAGGAGACAGACUAACGCAAACUUCGAAAGUGGUUCAGGGCGCGGAUACCAAGGGGAGCGAUGAGGCUGAUGUUGAAUCCAAACACAGCGAGGACUCACGAAACAGUGAGGGCGGGGACUCUGGGUCCAGGCAGAGUGAGGAAGGGGACACAGAGUCCAAGCACAGCGAGGAGUGGGAUGUGGAGUCUAAACACAGCGACGAAGGUUGUUCGGCAUUAAAAAGGGAAGGCGAGUGGGAGACGGCGUCCAAACACAGCAGUGACGGGGAAGAACCCUCACUGAGCAAAGCGACUGAUGCCGUGUUGGAACACAGUGAAGGAAAAUGUCCCACCUUGUCACUCAAAACUGCCAGUGUUACGCCAACAGCAGGCCAAGGGGAGCUACAAGCGGCCCAACUCGAGCACAGCAGCCUCUCAGAUUACCACAUUAAAGACAAAGGAGAACCAGGUGGCUGCUCUGAGCCCAGCCCAUUACAGGAAUUCACCAGAUCCGUAAAGUUCAAUGUCACCUUACUCAACUACAUGGACCCAGCAGCCAUGAGCCAACUCAAAGAGGAGCCCUAUUAUGGCAUGGGAAAAAUGGCCGUCGGGUGGCACCAUGACGAGAACCUGAUCAGUCAUUCGCCAGUGGCUGUUUAUAGCUAUAGCUGCCAUGAUGACAAAGGGGAGAGCAGCGAGGGCAGCGGGGAGAAAGAGAGCUGGAGGAUCGGGCUUAAGGUGGCCUGGGACAUCCACACACCUGGCCUGACGCUGCCCCUCCAGUCUGGAGACUGUUAUUAUAUGAGAGAUAACCUGAACAUCACCCACCAGCACUGCGUCCUCGCCGGAGAAGCUGCACGCUUCAGCUCUACCCACAGGGUAGCCGAGUGUUCCACUGGGACUCUGACCUACAUCCAGUCACGGUGCCAGGAGGCCCUGUCAAACCUGCACACGGACCCCGAGACCGGCUCCCACAGCCUGACGACCCUGAACCCAAACACAAUGCAGCAUUGUGAGGAGAUCCACAAUGAGGUGGAGUUUGAGUGGCUGCGACAGUACUGGUUUCAAGGCCAGCGCUAUACGCGCUUCUGCAGCUGGUGGAGCAAGCCUAUGGAGGAGCUGGAGAAGGAUUGGAAGCUCAUGGAGACCAUGACCAUGCUGUACUUGGCGAAAGUGGAGGAGGAAGGACAAGCUGGUGAUGGAAGGAGAGACAUGGCAGAAACACUCCUGUCAGCAUUGAUAGACAGACACCAGCAGAGACAGACAUGGAGAGACAGGUGCCACUCCAGCCUGGCCCAGACGUUGCCCCCCGAGGAGGCCCCUGUGGACCGUCCUUUCUGGGGUGUCGACAACCAUGGCAUGCCCCUGCCCUUUGAUCUGGCAGACAUCAUUAACAGAGUGGAGUCGCUGCUGUGGAGAAUGUGAAGGAUCCAUCAAGGCAGCAUGAAGCUCAUGCAAGAAAAGCGGUGAAAAAUCUGCACUCCAGCUUUUUCCAACUGCCCGAAGUCAGCUGAACGGAAGGACUGCAGAUGACAAACCCGUCAUGGUCCCAGCCGAUAGGAAUUUUUCAUUGCUUCAUCUCCAUACUCAGCAGCCUAAAACUCCGCUCCCAUCAAUAUAAGCCCGUCGUAACGCUUUACUGACAUGCUAAUAACGCGAGCUUAGCAUCAAGCUAGUGUAACCACACGUACAGUACGUGGUAUUCACAGUUUAGUGUGUAAGUAUUUGUCAUAUCAUUGUUUCACCUAAUCUCAUGUAACACAGCUUUGUUAGGAGGGGGAGUAGUGUCAGUAUUCACUAUAAUUCACAGUGUUAAAAAUACUCCUGUGGCCUUUUGUGAGGCCGUUUUCCCAAAUUGACCAAAAAAAAAAAAAAAAAGAACCCUUAGACCCUGCAGUAUGUUGCA